AUGGCCACAGCUGCCGUAACCGUCCCCGGUGGCGCCGGCGCAUCGGGCGUGAUCCCAUGCCCACUGCCCGCGACGGUGGAAGAUGCCAUUUGCGCUGUGCAAAAGACGCAGCCAGGUGAGCCAUGUCAAACGUGGCUGGGAGAAUGCCGUGCUUUCCCGGGUGUCCAAUAUCUAAAACCAGGCACUGCCCUGGAAGCUGCUGCGUAUACCUUGGUGAGCUAUGAUACCUUGGGCAGCAGUGCCAUCAACGUCCCACAAACGGAAUGCCGUGGGAUCAACUUGAAGCAGCUGUCGCAGCUGGUGGAUUUCAUCCGUGACCAUGCGCACCUCUGUGUGGAGACGUGCAGCUUCGUGGAGCUCGUUGCCAAAGACGCAGAAACGCAGUUCCCGUGUUGGUUUGUAAGUCAUGCGUGGCAAGAAGCCGUGUGUCGCUUUGUUGCUUGCCUGCGCCAGCACGCGGAACUGCGGAAUGCCGCGGGACUAGCAUACUGGGUCUGUGCGUACGCAAAUAAUCAACACAAGCUGCAGGACGAGAUCUCGGCGAACCCACGUGGGACGUCCUUCUACAAGGCCAUGAAACUGGCCGUUGGGGUCGUGCUGAUCUUGGACCAGGAUGUUGAAGAGCGGAACACCGGGACGCCACUGCUGCUGGAUGUGGCCGCGACUGACUCCUCCAAUGAGGCGCACGUGAUCACUGAUGGUCUGGCAGCCCCAGAGGCGCGUUUGAUGCCGCUGCUGGGCUUUUUGGCGAAGGCCUUGCGCGAAGCGAACUUUCCCACGUUGCUCGCGCAGAAGGGUCUCAGCGUCGACAUCUCAAAGGCUGACGCCAGCAAAGCAGAGGACAAGAUCCGUAUCCUCAAUUGCAUCAGACUGCCGCAAGCAAGGACGAAGGAAUUGACUGACGUCGCGCCCCUUCAAGAUCCAAAUUAUUCGGCUGUGAACAAGGCCCUGGCAGCGCAUUUUGCCAUCGCUUCCUGGUUUGGUGCCGUUACGCAGGGGCAGGACACCAGCAACCUUCGGAGAGCCCUGGCGGCCGACAGCUCACGGCAUAUGGUGGAGUUGUCCUUCACAGGCUGCCGUGGCUUUGGGGAUGACUCGCUGCAGCAGCUGCUGAAUCACUUGCCGAGGAAACUGCGUCUGCUCCGCUUGGAUCUGGCCUUUACCGGGGUCCAAUCAUGGAACUUCCAGAAGGAGAUGCCUCCACUGGAGCAGCUCACCCUGCGCUUCACGGGCUCCAGGUUGGCAGAUGCGUCCGGCUUGGCACAGAUGCUCGACACAGAGCAGUGCCUCGCACUGUCGCUGAAAUCUUUGCAGCUGUGGUUUUCCAACCUUCCGUCCUUGGUGGAGCUGGGCUCAUGGGAGCCGCUCACAAAGCUACAGCUGGAAGAGUUGGUUUUGCAGCUGAAGCGCUGUGGCCAAGUUCCUCCUGAAGCAAAGCAGUCGUUGAUCCUCCGCUGCAUUCAUUGCCACAUUGUCACAUUGGAGGUGGAGCUGGCUGGUAGCAAGGCCGUGGACUACGUAGAUUUUGACGACGCCAUUGACGACAGUGGAGGACGAGCUCCCUUUCCAUGCAGCCACAGCAGAUGCCAUGAAUUCCACGAAAAUGUUCAUGGCUUUUGCCCUAAACAUCGGCUACUGCGACACUGUUGGAAGCUGGCAUCCUGGUGGCGGACAGCUUGGCGAUGGGCCGAACUCAGCUUACUUUUUACAUUGCAGGCUGCUGCUGAGAUUCAGCAGCGGACGACCCUUGCCGUGAUCCUGCUGUCGCUGUACCCUGUUGCCUGCUUGUCACUGGAAGAGUCUUUGGGAGUUCCAUGGGCUGCGAUCUGCACUUUGCUCUCCGUGAUAGUGCUGAGUAGCAUCGUGACUACGAGCAUUCGCUUUGACACCGUGAGAGCGCAAAUUCUGCAGGAAGCGGUGGCAACAGAAGCGAGUUACUCCCAGGUGCCCUGUUCGAAUCCUUCCAGUGUUUGUUCUUUCACAAGAUGUAUGAUGUAUGUCAAUGUAUGUCUCUUUGAAAGGUUUCUGACACGUUUAUCCCCAAUAAGAAUCAGAGUGGGACAAUCGAAAGCCAAACCGAGAAAACCGAGAGAGACAAGAACGCCAUGA